AAAACCAUAAUGUCAAUUUUCAGUAAUUCCACCUCCCCUACUUUCCUCCUGACUGGGGUCCCUGGACUUGAAUGGGCUCAUGUCUGGAUCUCCAUCCCCUUCUGUUGCCUCUAUUUAACUGCCCUUUCAGGGAAUACCUUGAUCCUGUUUGUAGUCUUCACUGAGCCCAGCCUUCACGAGCCCAUGUACUAUUUCCUCUCCAUGUUGUCUACUACUGACAUUGGCUUGUGCAUCUCGACCUUGGUUACAGUGCUGGGAAUAUUCUGGCUCAAUAUUCGAGAGAUCAGCUUCAAUGCUUGCUUAUCCCAGAUGUUCUUCAUUCACCUCUUCACUUUCAUGGAAUCCUCGGUGCUCUUGGCUAUGGCCUUUGAUCGGUUUGUGGCCAUUUCUAACCCUUUAAGAUAUGCUACCAUCCUAACUCAUGCCAGGAUUGCGCAGAUUGGCCUGGCGGUCGUUACCAGGGGGACUGUGAUUCUGACACCAUUAGUCUUGCUUCUUAAGCGUCUGUCUUUCUGCCGCAGCCAUGUGCUCCACCAUUCCUACUGCUUCCACCCAGAUGUGAUGAAGCUUUCAUGUUCAGACACAAAGAUCAACAGUGCCUUUGGACUAACUGCAAUUAUCUCGACUGCUGGAGUGGACUCCAUUUUUAUCUUGCUCUCUUACAUCCUGAUUAUUCGCUCAGUACUUAGCAUUGCAUCCCCACAAGAAAGGAAAAAGGCCUUUAGUACCUGCAUCUCACAUAUCACUGCUGUGGCUAUCUUCUACAUCCCUUUGAUCAGCCUGUCUUUUGUUCACAGGUUUGGUAAGGGUGCCCCACCCUAUGUACCCACCCUCAUUGCUAAUUUAUACUUGCUGAUCCCUCCUGUGAUGAACCCCAUCAUCUAUAGUGUGAAAACAAAGCAGAUUCAAAAAGCUAUGCUUAAACUCGUAUGUUCCAAAGGUGCUCAUAUUUAA